AGAGGACGACAAACUGCUUCAAACCGGCAACCGUAUCUCCUCUCAAAGCUGCCAAUGGUUUCCUCAAUGACACUAGCACCUGGAGCCGCAUACAUGCAACUCAUAGGCUUAAGGUAUCUGUAUAUGAAGUAAAAAGCGAAUCAACGAUGUUUUCUUCAAUAAUUUGAAAUUUUAUUUGAACAUGCAUGUGUUUGGCUAAAACUAUCUCUACCUGGAUGCCACAUAGAUAAAACAGAUGGAUUUUGAAAUUUGUUUUGAAAAGUUUAAGUUGGAAAACCUAACUUAUGUUUAAGCUAAGUGUGAAACUGGAUAAAAGAAUAAUAGGACUACAUUCGAUUAGAUUUCCUUCAUGCACGAAUGCUUCAAAAUGCUCCCCCAUUGUAGACGAUUACCUGUGAUUCCCACCUGUAUUGUUCUCAUAUUAUCACCGUUAUCCGAGGAACCGAAAUUAAUAUCGUUGCACAAUAAAAAAUGCCGCGAUGAUUCGAAGUGAAAGGGUUGGCUAUACUGCUGUAAGGUGAACUUAAUCAUUCGUUAUCGAUCUGAAGGACCAUGGUGACUACGACCUCUUGUCCGUGGCAGUCGUUGUACACGGACACAGCUAUAUAGUAAUGGCGAUGUAAACGAUAGCCCGGAACUAGACCUACUCUCUUCCAGUGUGUGUUGGAUAUCAAUAUAACGCCUCCAUCAAGCUUAUUGUAUGUGUGUGUUCCGGGUGUCACAACGAUUUGUGUUUAUUGAGGAUCUAGCACGUACGAUCAUUUUACCUGUAUAGGUAAGUGAAACGUUUGUCGUGACACUCUAUCUAUUUUGAUGACAUUUUACAAACUGCUUGAUACAUUGUACUUUGUAAUGCUUCAUUAGUACAAAAGUCUUCUUACGUUUAACUGUAUGUGUUAGAUAUACCACUGACAUGUUUUUAUAUUUUACAUACACUUACUAAUUGCUUAAAUUUCAUAUAGUUCAGAAAUAUCCACGCGACGUUGUUUCAGAUAAGAAAGAACAUCUUACCGAUCAUACGUUGAUAAACUGUUCUUUUGUGACUCGUCCUUCAUGGAGCUGAUUUAUUAUUAACGACAUUUAAGUAUCAUUAGCUAUUUUAAUGGGAAAACCCUGUAACCCGAGACACAAGUUCCUGUUUUGAGUUUUCAAUUUUUUAUAGACACUGGGACGCAUAUUUCAGGGAUUAAAGAUUUUUAUAUUUUUAUAAAUCGUUGUAAUUUGCCUUAUUCUGUUCUUCCUUUAAAAUGUUGGUGACGAUGAUAGUUAUUCCCCGACUAAUUUCCUUGCUUGCAUAAUAAAAGAGGUAUGUCGAAGCCUUGUUAGCAUAGCUAUUAUGCAACGUUACUAUUUGUAUGCAUACUUAUAAGGUCUAUAAUCAGUAAACCAACUAAACACGAGUUUGUUGAUAAAAAAAGUUCAACAACGAUAACAUACUUUGUAUUUAUUUUGCAGAAUAAAAAAUAUAUCUGUAACCUUUUGUCAACGACCGUUAAGCUGAUAUAUAUCAUAUCAAAUACAGUUAACAUUCGAUACACGGACAUAUUAUCAGCAUGCAGAUGUUAUUACCAUGAGUGUAGCCCAAGUCUUGUGUAGUGGUGGGUCGGACUUUUAAAAGCAUUUUCAGCUUGAUCAAUCAUAAGCGAAAACAAAUAAAAUUGAAAAAAGUUCUCGUUUAAGGUGUUGUAAUUUGUUGACUUUUAACAAUAAAGAAAAAAAAAUUGUAACAUUUUAAAUAAAUUGAAAUCUUUGAUUUUGAGAAUAUAUUCUAUAAAAGAAUAUUGUGGUUUGUGUGUUUACCGUAUCAAGCUUGGAACAUAGCUAUCGAAUAUCUACAGCCAUGGUUGAUACCGUAAACUUGAGUAUAUCACUCUUAAAAGUUUUAAUUGGUAUCAUCUAAGCCAGAAUUUACGCAUUGCGAUGCUUUUAGUUGUCAUUCAUACUCAUUAUGAAUGUCAAUAAAAUUGUAAUAUCUAUGAAUUCGCUCUGUAUGUUGAAUCUGUCAUUUACCACGUGAAACUGGAUUCAAAAUAAAAGAAUUGUAGUUUCGUGUUUAUAAACAACAAUAAAAGGCCGUGUUAAUUUGACAGAAGGAUUUUCAAAAUGAUAUUACAAAGUGUCCAGUAUACAGUUAUAGUAUUAACCGGACCUUUACUUCGUAGAUUUUAAUAAUGCCUUAUCAAAUAUGUCUGAAUUACAUUUUGAAACCUGGGAUUAGAUAUUGGGUGAAAGUAAGGAAGUACUUUUUUUUAAUAAUAAAAAAAUUCCUAGUAUUCACAAACACUUUGACCAAUUGAACCAUCAAAUCGUAUCCUCUGCAAUAUGUUACGCAUUAUCUCAUAUUGAGUAGACAAAUUGCAAUAUGAAAAAAAACUAUUUCUAUCUGUGAAAUUGACGCUAACAAGACAUCCUCCCAAAUAGAUAUUCCGAUGUUCAUACUCAUGCUACUAGAGGCGGAGAGAAUUUUCGCCCUCUUCUUUGUCAUACUUCUUUGUUUCAGAAUUCUUGCAUUCCCUCUGUCUUGAACUGUUGGAACUCAAUUCCGUCUGAUGUUAAAACGAGUCCGUCAUUGCGAAAACUCAAGAAACACUUGCAUGGACCUCCACCAAAGUACCAUUAUAUUUCUGCUCUGGAAGCAGACAAGGGAGCCAAUAUGCUGAGCUUGGAGAGUACUUGCAGUGGAGACGAACGACGCACCUCCACUGAAUGGCAGGGGCCUUGAGCUAAUUACUAAACAUCUCCAGAUCAUCAGUUCAAAACAUUAUCCCGAGUACAAGGUAAUUGUAUAGAUGAUCAAUACAUCAACUGAGUUCUCGUCUAGGAUAGUUGAUGGCUUGGAUGCCUGCUGGAUACUGUGUCGCCUCCUCUGAUUAAUGAUGAUGUCUUCAUAAUCAUGAAGUCUGUGAUGAAACAUGUCGGUGUCAUGUAGCUCUCAGAACUAUGGUGAAAAUGAGAUCGGCAGAGUUCAGUUAACAUCCUUCACAAACUGUCGCGGACUUGGACCAGAGAAACUGGACCCUGGGAUAAUACAAGAAUGUGCCAAGAUUGUUUCAGAACUCAACCAGGAGACAGCAGUUUACUGCACGCUAGUAGUUUAUAUUGGAGGCACACAAGACUCCGAGGAUCUCCGAGAGGAACUCAAGCGUAUCCGGUUGCGUGGAUUGGAGUUGGGACAACUCAACAAGCUCAAACUUGUCCCGUUAUUAAACAACACAACUCUCAGCACAGAUGACACUCAAGAACUGGAACGUCUGUACAGAAUGUUCUCUGCCUGUCUAGACUUGCUGGAGAUCCAACUGAUAAAAACUUUAGCAUUGAUACAGGCGUUUCCCUUACACAAUGGACCGCAAGUAUUAAUAAACACGGGAAUUACAGAACCCUUCUUACUAUGCAAGCACACAAAAAUUACCGUUGAGAAUCUCGACAAUUCCAACUGCAGUAAGACUGUUUUGGAACAAGAGGAGAUCCGUGGGUUAGAGAGAGAUGUGGCCGCUUUGCACGAACUCAUAUAUAACAUAAACCAGUCAGCAGAUAUCAAUCCGUGGGCAGACUUUGAGCCACCGCCUAAUAAAACAACAGCCAAAACGUUAAACACUUCUUCCAGUAUUACUGAUUCUGCCGACACCACUGGGACGACCAAUGCAGUGCGUACCCAGCGCUGUGUGUGUGUUGUAGUGCUUACGUUCUCGGCAGUAGCCAUCUCCGCUGUCGUGAUAGGCGUCGUUCUUGGAGUUAUCUGACCGAUGGCGAACGGGGGGAAAACAAGGACAGCUAUCGACCGAACUAAAAACAACAGGAUCGCUACAAUGAAUGAUAAGAUAUUAUGCAAAGCAACUGUCAUUGUAUGAAGAAUGAUAUAGGAUAACAUUUCCCAAUGAACUACUAAACGUCGGUGAUAGGACACAAAGAACUGAUUUUUAAAGAGGUGGAAAGGAUGGGGGUUCUAUUGGAAUCUGAUACUGUAAAAUGUAUCUUGAAUAAAUCAGCAAGGCUUAUUUGUAAAUUUGCUAAGCAUCAAACAGGGAAUAUAAAAGAAUAUUUCAAAAUUUACAUGUAACUAUAUAUAACGCGUCGGUCAUCAUUAUCGUCAGAACUACAUUUUAAUGGCUCCAAGCAGUAAUCCUGGUCGUACUACGAUUUAAAAUCUAAGGUUGGAGGAUUCCGGUGUCCUGGUCACACAGACUUCACUGUUGUUGAACGUUGGCCGACGCUCUGUAUCUGUUCACAUUUAAGACCAGCCAACUGGUCAAACAAACAGAUAACAUUGCGCAGCAUUAACUAUAUCACACAACUAUUAUAUAUGGAAACGACAGCCAACUUUUGCAUCAAAAAUCAUUGAUUUAGAACGUUUUGAUUUUGUAGAAUUUGCGAGUGUUCCUUGAUAGUGACAGUAAGAUGAUAUUUGAUAUUAAUAUUAUGCAAAAUAUAAUGGCUUUAAUGUAACAGAUGCAUACAAUGGGGUGUCUUGAAAAGCAUGAUUGGCAUGUAUUACUAGUGCUUCGAUAAAUCCGGAGAAAAGACAGUAUUAUACAUUCAGCACACUGUGAUGUGACGCAUUGUUUAUUAUACACCGUAAAAUGAUUUUCGGACACAUUGGAGAGUAUUAGUUAUGAUGAAUGCUUAUAAGAACAUACGUAAGAUAUAGUGCAGGUGAUUCCUCCUGGAAAAUCACUUGCCGGUGACACGGUUUAUAUGGCGAUAUUGUAUAAAACUUUCGGGUCGAAAUAAAUCAUCAUUAUUACCAUUAUAUUUGUGUGAAUGAAAAGUCUGGAAGUAAAUGUUAUUUGAUUGAUAGACCCAUGUGAUUCGGUAACUUUCUGAAUAUUGAUCGGAUUAGAUACUAAGUAAUCAUACAAUAUUGAAUUUCCUGCCGACAUUCCAAUCAACCUGGUGUGUAUACAGUGUUCAUCACUUUAUUACAAAUGACCAUUCUAAACAGACAUUUUAUAUUGUGUCAAGGUAUAAAGGGGGGAAUCACGUCUCACUUGUUACAGCUUAUGAUUAAAACCAACAGGUUCAUACACUCAUUUCUUCUGAGAAACAAAAUGGAUGAAUGCGAGCAUGUUUUAUUGCCAUUUUAUAAAUUUUCUGUUUAUGCAAUUUAACUGAAGAUUUUAAAACGUUUUUUUUUGUCACGACUUACAUUCGAUAUUUUAACAAUGAAAUGUUUGUGACAAUAAUGAAAUAUUUGUGACAAUAAUGCAUUACGAAGGUAUCAAGAGAUAAAGGUGCUUUAUCAAACUGAGUAAACCAAAUAUGAUAAUAUAACUAAAAUAGCCAUGGAGUGUAGUUAUCGAAUUCGGUCGCGCAGUUAAAUCUUGACUUGGAUUAGUUGGCGAACUUUUAUCUUAUUGGGUGUAAUUAGGUCCCCACGCAUAUGAGGAACAGUGGUUAUGAGACACUAUGGCUUAGUCAAUGUCACAUGGGUGUCCAUUUAGAUCUCAAAUAUGGCAUAUUGCAAGACCUGUGAGCCAAAAUCCGUAUUUUUUUUUACGUUAAAAAGUAAACAUUAGCAAUUCCUUCCGCGACUGAACAAUUGUGUGCCAGAUCAUAUGCAUAAUGAUACGAGCGAUCCUGAAGCAGAACCUAUUUUUGUUACGUGCAAAUGUAUUUAAUAAGCCAUAUUUUACAAUUAUAAUUUUCAAACUGACGAAGUAUUGAAUACAAAUACAACAUGAUAUCGAUUCGUACAGGUACAUUUUAUAAUUAUUUCUUUCUAUCCAUCUUUACAGUAUCCAAAUGUUACUUUCAUUGUCAUUCCCACAUCUAUCGGAAUCUUCACUCAGACAAGCAAGACCACUCUGAUAUGUUAGGACCAACAUAAUGAAAUGUUGCUGCCAAUAUAGAAUAGGUCUCGCUGUUGACUGAACCAAUGUCACUUGAUUGAUGACAUAUCUAAACGGCUUCUGCUGAGCCUUAUUCGAUGAAUAGCCAUUUUCAAAUUUUUAUUAUUAACUAUUACAUUGACCAUCGCGACAAAAUCAGAGACAAAAUCACGGACUAGUUAUCCGAUUGUUGACGGCAAUAUACAGACUUUUGCUUUCAGAUAGUCAGGUAAAAUAUGUCUUUAUUGAUUUUACACUGAUGGCAGUGUUCAGAAUGCUCAUAUAAAAUCUUUGUGUCUAUGCUUUAAAACCGUUAACCAAGUGCUACCACACCAGAAGAGGCCAUAUCAAUAGUACAGCUCAAAAUACCUAAAAUAGAUAGAAUUAUAUCUAGAUAGGUCAAAAUAUCUGGUUUCAGAUUAAUAUCAAUACAGAUGUUUAUAUACACUGACAGCUCACAUUUCACGAAGAGUAAUAUACAGUGAAGAUUAUUCGAGCAAUUGUGUUUGUUUUAUUAUUGUCAUUAUUGUUCGUGUAUCGACACAUCAUAAUCACAAGUAAUUGGUUCCAGACAUGAGUCACUAAUACCUCUUCACAGCCAUACAACUAAUUCCUGUCCUCCUCUCCGUCUGUGUACACUUUAUAUCAUAUUUUAUCAUUUUGUACGAGAUUACUCAAAUAAAAUUGUUUGUUGGAUUGUU